CUCGCGAGAGACAAUAAAACCACCUUCCUCAAAGCGUCGAUGCUCCCAGCGGCAGCCUAAGGGAGCAUCUACACUGAAGGUGAGACCUGUGUCAACUCCUGUUUCCCUGACUGAGAUGGAACUGGAUGAGUGUGUAGAGGUCGAAGUGACUCCAGGAACGUCACUUAGCAGUUCCAAAGACCAGAUGGGGAUGUUGACAGACCAGACCUGCCCUUCUCCUGCGUCCUCUCUGCCGCCUUCUUCUCCACUCUCUCCACUCAGCCCUCCUCAUCUGACCAGCCCUCCCUGUUCUUCUGUGACCAGUCAGCCUUCUCCGCUCAGCCUUCCAUCAGCUGUCCAAGAGGAGAGUGCUUCAGACAAAGGAGAGAAAGAUAAGUCUUGUUGUGCACAAUCUGAUGUAGUACCUGUUAGUGUUAGGGAAAGUCUUCCUUCUGUAAUUAGGGGUAGUUUUCAUCAGGGCAAUAGUCGGUUUUUGUAUGGAGGUGUACAGUGCAUGGCAAUUUCUCUGGUGGCUUUAGCUAAGCAUACGGAGUUGAAUGUGUUUUCGUGGGAUCAGAGGCAGUUAGAUAGGGUCCUGAUUCUUGGGGAUGCACUGUACACAGAGCGUCGGAAUAAGGGCUCGAUUAGUGGGGAUGGGUAUUUACUUGUUACAGAGUUACCAACCGAGUCUGUUAUAGAUGGGCAGCAGUUCAGAUUUUCUUUCAGCGAGCCAUGUAAUGGAGCUGCAAAUGUGGUAGAGCACGAGUUUAUUGAGGAAGGCGCGUGGGUGACGUUAGAUGGUGGUUUAGAACAGUUGUUGGCACAGUACGACACAUGUCUUAUGACACUCUGUGGUAGUACUUGUGCAGUUAUUAAAAGCAAUGGUCGGUUUGCCGUGGUAGAUUCUCACUCGCGUAGUGCUGAAGGGUUGGUAGAUGCUGAUGGCAAAAGUGUGGUUGUGUAUUUUAAUAGCAUAGAUGAGCUGUAUAGUUAUUUCUGUGCAUUGGCUGCAUGUUACGGUGAUUGUGAUGAUAGUGAUGACGUGUCUUUUAAAGAGUUUGAAAUGACUGGUGUUAAUGUUGUAGCAGAGGAUAGUCUGAGGGGCUUAAAGCGCAAAAAGGCUGCAGAAGUUUCUUCUUCUGUGCCCCUAAACACGCCUUAAAAAGACAAAA